UGAUGGUACUGGACAGAUAUGGUUACGUAAUGUCAGAUGUACUGGAAAUGAAGACAAUUUGGUCAGUUGUUCUCACUCUGGAUGGGGAAAUCAAUUUUAUUGCAGGCAUUAUCACGACGCAGGAGUAGAAUGUUCUUUAACAGGUAAAUAUUAUUAUAAUAUUGUUUUUAACUGCUCGAAUGAAAUGUGGAUACUCAAGAGCCGCCUGCAUACUAGUAAGUAGAUCAUUAUCUUUUAAACGUUGUUAUAAUUAGUAUAUUACUUUCAGUAUUGAAAAAUGGCCUUUGAGAAUUCUUGUUUGCUCCCUCAGCAGUACCUCUGAGGCACUAUUUACUGCUUAGACUGCUCUAAGUCUAAGCGUGCAGUAACUCAGUACGAUUGCUUUUCCCAAACAAAUUGCUGAAAAUCGGACGUAAAGGAAGUGAACAUUACAUUCAUAAAAUAAACACGUGUAUUAGUUGCUAAUUGUUAAAUAGUAUACAUUCGGAUAAUAAAACAUAGGCAGCCAAGUUGAUAACAAAAUUUAGGAUAUUAGUAAAUAUUAAUACAGUAUUCAAAAAUCUAUUUGCGACAACGUGAUACCCAUGCACUGUUUUCAUUUUAUUACAAGGGAAAUAGUGGAACAAUUUUUUGCUAAUUUAAUUAGUCGAUUUAUUUUACAGUUAAAAUACCGAUAUUUAAUUUUUUAUUUAAUAUUUUCUUAUAUUCGGGGUGGUAUUUCGACUAAUUAAUAUAUGCUAUAGUAAUUUCGUUUUGUCCCUCAAUCAGGGCAAAACCAUACUUGUAUGAUUUCACCGGCAUAAGUUGCUAGAAAUUGUGUUUCAGAAAUCGCCGCACUACACCAGUGUUUAUAACAGAACCAUCGUCCAAGAAAGAUAGAGUAGAAUACAGUGGUCUUUGCAAUUUUCGAAAUGAAUGUUUAGAGACUUGUUUCUGCGUAUUAUUAUUCAAUAUAGAUGUGGAUGAAUGUGCCCGAGGAUUGGACAACUGUAAUAGUAAUUCUCAAUGUAUUAACACUGAUGGGAGUUUUUUGUGCAGAUGUAACCAUGGUUAUACCGGAUAUGGCGCGUACUGUUAUGGUGAGUACUGAGUAGUACCUUGGAAAUGGAAGAACACAAGCUAAAUUUUGACAAAUCUUGUGUCCUUAGAUAAGUUCACUUGGAGAAUAAUGUAGAAAAUGUACAGAUUAUGUGAACUCUUUGAAGAGAUGAGGCAUGCUAGAAAUCACCAUAUGUAGAGCAGCAACACAACUGUUGCAAUUUGGUCAAAAAAGUAAAUUAAACAUCAAAACAUCGGACAUAUGUUCCUUGAACAUUUAAUUUUCGACUAGUAACGUUCUUUCAAAGGGUUUGAACAAAUUUAUGAUUUUUUCUAUUUUUACAUUGUUGAGAGCCACCUUAAUUCAAAGCCAGUAUAAUUCCUAACAAGAGAAGAAGAGAACAAGAUAACUGAGAAGAGAACAAAGAUAACUGAGCAUGCAUGAAUUAGAGUUAUUCAAAUAAUUGUAUGUAAGAGUUAUUCUAAAACCUUUAGCAAACCGAAAAAUAUGCGUGUGAAAACUUGCGAUAAGACCUUCCAUUCGGUUACUACUAAAAAACCAUCCGCGAAUGUUUUUUUUUUAUCUAUCCCUAGACAUCAACGAAUGUGUUCUACCGAUUAACAACUGUCAUUCCAAUGCUUCUUGCACCAAUAUUGGUGGAUCAUUUUUCUGCACUUGUGACAGUGGAUAUACCGGAAAUGGAACCUUUUGCAAAGGUAAAUAAACAAUACCCAUCUAUAACGUCAAUUCGAUCAGAAUGAUUGAGCAGAGAAGAAUAAUUAUAUCGUUGUAAAACAUUAAUGCUAUUUAUUUGUUAUAAAUCUCCAGAAAUAGAUGAAUGUUCUCUAUCUCUUGACGACUGCCACCCAAAUUCAAACUGUACAAAUAUUGAUGGAUCUUUUCUGUGUACUUGUGAUAGUAGAUUUGAAGGAAACGAAACUCUUUGUGAAGGUAAACGAAAACGUGUUAAGGUAGAAAUCGGAUCGGAUUAGAUAGUAGCGAAGUUGAUGCAUGGAUAAUUUAAAUCCGAAUGCCGAUCCAAAAUGUUUCAAUCUUAAUACCAGUUCUAUUCAAUUUUUACAAUCAAUUUGAUGUUUUGAUUUUUAAUCUUUUUAUUCGCGAUAAGUUUGUUAUGCGAUGCAACACAGCAUUUAUUUCUAGAAACAUUGCAUUAUCAUGAGGGCAAUUGGGUUCAGAUGAAAACUGAGACAACAAAUAGAUUACAUACAAAAAUGUUCCUAAAAGUUAGAGACCAAUUAUAUAUAAAGACCAAUUAUACCCCAAUUAGCUCUAAUUUAUAUAUUACAACAUAUAAAAAUAAAAUUAAAGCUUGUUAAGGAGAGAACACGUGGUUACCUUCAAACCAUUUUAAAGUACGUUGGCAUCCCCCCUGCCCCCAUGAUCAAUGUUGGAAAAAGUGGGUUGAAUUUUCUCUUUUAGUCGUUCACACAACAUUGAAUUGUGGGUCAGGAGGACAUGUAUGCGGAUGUCUCAAUAAUUUUUGCUUCUGAUUGCAGAUUACUGACUGUAAUGCUGUCUAUAACACACGCGUGUGACACCAUGAGUAUUCAAAAUGGCGGGUCGACCGGGUAAAACCAUAGAGCGCUAUCACGCUAUUUUCGGAAGAAUUAACUUGGGCCGGUUGUAUAAAAACGUAGUUAGUGUUAGCUGCAAUUAAAAUGUAGUCAAAUAGUAGUUAACUUUAAUCACGUAGUUAGCCGAUUGUAUAAACGUGCAGUUAGCAUAGUUAAAGUUAACUAUGCUUUAGAGUAUUAAUAGUUAACGGUCCUAAAAGUUAAAAAUGGCGCUUGUAUAGUCAACAACAUUUUUAAGUUAAACAAUAAUGACAAGCAACGCUUGUCAUUAUUGUUUUACAUUGGAUUUUCAAUCUAUAUCUUCCCUGUGAAUGUUUUCUGAAAAUACAUUUCGAAUUAAUGUACCGUAAUUUGUUAAGUUUUUCGGUAAUAUUUUUCUAAAUUUAGAUUUUUAAAAUAUAAAUUGUAAUAUCUUAAUAUUGGUUUUCAAAAUUAAAAUCUAUAUUCUUUAUCUUUUCCAAUGUUUAGGGGUCCAUGAUGGCAAGGGGCCCGCAAUAAGUUGUCGUCAGCUCGUCCCUAGCCAGCCUGUCUCUGGUUAUAUCGCAGUUUGAAAAUGAGAUAUUUUUCCUAUAAUAUUCUAUAUAAUAGCAAAAACAGCCCAUUUUCAAACCGCGACAACUCUUCGGCUUUACUAGGAAUUACGUUUUAAGAUAUCAUUAAAAAGGAAAAACAUUCUUAAAUUCACUUAUGUGAUUUUAUUUUUGUUUCCUUGUAAAAAAGUACAAUUUCACUACGGAAUAUUUCAAUGCUACUUUUAAGGUCAUGUUCACUGAGUCUAAAACAUGCAUAAAAACAAUGGGAAUUUAACAUAAGUAAGAUGCGAUAUAUAUACAAAAUUAUUCAAAAAUUCUUUUGUUAAAUUACUAAACAAAAAAGUUGUCAAAACAUACUUUUGAGAAAACGAGAUCUAAACAGCAAAAAUUGAAAAUAGUUUCAACAGUUUUUGUAUCUGCGCAGCAGAUAUACUAUGAUGUCGAGUUUGCUUUAUCGGUUAGCUUGCAGUCAAUCAGUGCACAGUAUUUUAGCUUGUGACCGUCCGUGGCCAAUCAGUGCACUGUACGGAAAUGGCUAUUCAGUGUACAACAUAUAGAUCAGUGAGAAAACUGUAGAAUCGCAACGGCCUAUUCGCAGGCUAAAUUCAACAUGGCGACACGGUUUCAACCGGACUACUGGUUUCACGGUUUCAACCGGACUACCUUCCGGAGCAACAGAAAGUGUUUUGAGGCGUUUGAGACUUUUGAAAUAUUUUGAGACUUUGCGCCAAUAUAUAUUAUAGGGAAAGUUUUAUCUUGGAAGUGACAAAAUGGUGAUGAUUAAAAUAUUUUCUUUGGGCGAGUAUCAUCAUUAUUAGUGUAAUCAAUUUCGGGAUUCUAAUCUAACUGUACCACUAAUAAUAAGUUGACUGCUACUACCCUGUAUCUUGAUUGUAUGGAUGAUAAAGAAGAUUGUCAAGUUAGUAGUGUGACUUCCCAGUUUAUGUAUCAGCAAUGACGUCACAACAUAGUUGACCUAAGGAAACCUUCGUUACUGUUGUGGUAAUAUUCCUGCAGUGGAAUUUAUACGAAAUGGAAUUUUUACUACGAAAACCAGACCUCAUUAUAUUUUAUUCAAUAUACUAGAAAUAGAAUCUAACAUUAUUAAACGUUUAUUUUCAAUUGAAAACUUUGUUCUACUGUAUAUAAUAUAUGCUACUGAUACUUAUUUUAAAAUAUUGUAUUUUGUGCAAGUAUAGUAUAAUUGUUUGCAAUUUUUUAUAUCCUGACGGUAUAAUUAUCCGUUAUGAUCAUAAUGACAUUUUAAAAUUAGUAUGUUAAAUUUCUUCUCCGCUGUUUACAGCCCUGGUAGAUGUGUAUCAUGCUUGAUCUUAAUAUCUAAUUUUCUAUGAUAUAAUAAGUGAUAAUAUAUUCCAAUUGUUCAUUCCAGCUUCAUUAAUCAGUUCCUUUCAAGAAAAUACCAAAUGCAUGUGACUCCAGUUUUGCGCAGAUACAUGUACGCCUACUGUACCUAUUUCUAAUCGAACGUUUCGCGCCUUUUUUUCGUCUUUGCUUAUUCUUGCCCGUUUGAAUUGCAAAUUGUACUAGUUAUAACAAAUAUUCAUCCACAACCCGCACCAGCUUGUUCUUUCCCAAAAUAAUGCGAUCGAACGGGAUCAGAAGUUGUAGGACGACGCAACACGCAAAAAAACAUGGUUUUUCCUUUGUUGCGCUACGAUUUUGCCAGGCUGAGCCGCCAUCUUAGAUUUCAAGAAUUUUACACACCUAGUGAGCCGAGUCAGCAAUCUAGUUUUUCUAUAUCUAUGGGUAAAUGUCUACCAAAAUAAUGGGAGUAAGCGCGGACCGGAAAAGAAAUUUAAAACGUUUGCUUUAAGAAACGCCAGAACUGCUAGAUGCAUGGUAUGUAAUUUCAUGCACCGCUUUUUGCUUGUAUCAAGACGAAGUUAAUACAGUGACUUUAAACACUCGUAAUUUCCUUUAAACCUUUUGCCAGAGAUUCUUGAAGACAAUACUAUUUCCAAUCUUUUGAUUUCAAGCAGUAAAUACACCCAGACGUUCGAUCGCUAUGUUGAUUAUAAUUGUUAUCGAUAACAAAAAAGAUUUUAAUAUCAAUUGGUAAAUUUUGAAACGCGCUAUUUCUUACACGAAAUAAGUAAGGAAGAUCAAAACGAUGUAAUUGAUGUUUAGAGGAAAAAUUUUGUAUUUUGGAGGAAGAAAACAAAGACUGUAUACACAAUAAAAGAAUGGAAAUUAUAUCUACGUGCAGACAUAGGAAGAAAUUUCACGUAAACAACGCAAACAAUACCUAGUAAUCCACACACUCCCACAUUUCGUUUAGGAAUUUUCGCGUAAACAACGCAAACAAUAGAUUGAAUGCAUGCUUUGUUAAUCCACCCACUCCCACGUUUCGGCAAAACACAUAUUAGCAGCCCCCUGUUUUUGAAACUUUCCAUACCGCCUGAUGAUUCUUUGCGGAUGAAACAGACUGUUGCGGAAUUAUAUAUAUAUAUAUAUAUAUAUAUAUAUAUAUAUAUAUAUAUAUAUAUAUAUAUAUAUAUAUAUAUAUAUAUAUAUAUAUAUAUAUAUAUUAUAAGUCCACCUAUUAUCAUUAAUAAAACAGUACAUAAAUUACAUGCGUAACGUGCUAUGGAUAAUAAGUCAUGCAAAAAAUGACAUUGUUAAAAAUCUACUAAAACAAUCAUUAGGUAGCCUAACAAUUAAGUAAGAAUUAAGUAAUCUAAAUGUUAAGAAUACGGCCCACACAACAGUUCAUAAUCUUGUCCGUAUAUUUUCGAAUUUCAAAGGCUUCGAAAAUUUUUCGUUCAUGUUCGUAUCUGAUAUUUUUGUAAACAAUAAUGAAAUUAAUAAAGUCAAAGAAGUGUGUUUUUGUGGUGUAAUGUUAGAUGAGAACUUAUCAUGGAAAGCACAUAUAUCUCCUGUUGCUCAUAAAAUUUCUAAAUCUACUGGAAUUAUAAAUAGGCCUAGAUCAAGUUUUUAUCUCUUCAAAAAAGCUUUGCGAAUACUCUACGUAGCCUACUUUUGCUCUGGUAUAUCCAUAUCUUCAAUAUUAAUUGUAUUACGAUAUGGAGAUCGAUGUACUCAACUAAUCUUAAUAAUCGCAUUGUUGCUCUACAAAAACGUGCGUUACGAAUCAUUGAUAAACAGGACUUCGGUGUGGAUACCAGUCCUAUAUUUGAUGAACUUAAAAUAUUGAAAUUUGAAGAUACCUAUUCAUUUAACCUCGGAAAGUUUAUUUAUCAAUAGGCUACAAACAUAAAUUGCUUCCUGAUUGUUUCGAAUGUCUACUUUUAACUGUAAAUCAAAUUCACAAUUAAUAUACCCGUAAAUUCAAUACGUUGAAUCCCGAUAUACGUAAUUCAUCAUCUAUUUUUAGUUUUCAAUCUAAGUUAAGAUUCAAAUCUCUGUCUUUGCCCUAUAGUAGCCUAUCAUGCACAUGUUUUAUUUAAUCUAGCUGAAAUCAUUGAGGUAGCCCAUGCAAAGUAUACAAGCCUGAUGGUUUCUAUUUGGACUUCCUCACCACAAUUAUUUUUGUAUAUGUAUGGUUUUUUUGGUAUUUGUAAUUAUUUGUCGUAAAUCAAAUCAAAUAAAAUUAUUAUUAUUUAAAAAAACCCUAAUCUUGUACCAGGGGAGUAUCUAGGAUUUUUCAAACAUAAGUCGAACGCCAAAGACGUGAGACAUGGCAGGGGUUUUGGGCGCAUGCUCCCCCCAGAAAAUUUUGAAAUCUAAAGUCUCUGAAAUGCAAUUUCAAGCGUUUUGGCGUUUUUUGCAGAAUUCCAAAGAUUAUAAAGUACAUCAAGCACAUGCUUUUUUUAUGAUCUCACAAACGUGCCUUCUCUCCGUCCUUGGAAUUAGAUUUACUAACGGAGGGUCAUAUUACAAAACACAUCAUGUAAUUCAACUUUCAAUAGCCUUUAAGUUUGGCUUAGUGAAAUUCUUCGCAAAUUGAACUGAUAUGAUACCAAUGACUGAUCUAAUAUAACUCGCUGUUUGUGAAUCAAAAUUCUCAAGCAAAAUAAAGAGUAAUAUUUCAAAAAUUUUUAUUCAAUGAAUUACAAUAAGCUAUAAAAUUAAUAUCACUUGUAUCACUUGUAUAGGCCUAUUAAAGCAGUCCAAAAAAAUGAACCAAUAGGAAUUGUCAAUAAUUUCAAAUUGACAAAUCAAAAUGAACGAAAUGGACUGAUAAAAACUCCCUUAAAGUGCAAAUCAGUCGGACCACCCCAUAAAAACUCCCUUAAGUUGCAAAUCAGUCCGACCACCCCACAAUAUUUUCAAAUUGUCCAAUCAAAGGAAAGAAAUGGACUGAUAAAGACUCCCUUAAAGUGCAAAUCAGUCCGGCCACCCCACAGAUCAGUCGAGAUAAGUCCAAAUGACCUCUCGACCAAUCAAAUGAGCAUAACGACACCCGAUUCUGCGAGAUUCUUGCGUUUUACCACUGCUCUAGAUAAAGGCAUAUAUUUAUUCAAAACUGAGCUCGGAAAGACGUAUACUGGACUAUAAUAUGAAUUUCGUAUUAUACAGGGUGUAUAAAAAAAAGUAUAUACAGGGUGUAUCAAGAUAAUUUUGAAAUUGCUCACAAUUCCACAAUUCUGUUCAUGAAAUGUAAUUUUUGCUAUAUAUGGAUUGCUUGAGUUCUUAAAUUAUGGAAAAUAUAAAAAAUUUUGAAAAUAGUAAAUUUUGCUAUCUAGGAGGGUGGUCAACUUUUGCUCCCCUAAAAGUGGCUUGCGCACGGAAAUGACAAACGGUAUUCUUUAUUUGAGUUCAUGUAUGAAAAGUUCGCUAUUUGUUGCAUUUAUUAUAAAAUUUCGGCAGGAUUUUACCGAGUACAAAUCCUCCGAAAAGCCUAUGAAAACGUUACACUCAAAUAAAGAAUAGGAGAGCAAAAGUUGACCACCCCCCUGGAUAGCAAAAUUUACUAUUUUCAAAUUUUUUUAUAUUUUCCAUAAUUUAAGAACUCAAGCAAUCCAUACAUAUAAAAAAUUAAAUUUCAUGAACAGAAUUGUGGAAUUGAGAGCAAUUUCAAAAUUGUCUUACUUUUACUGAUACAUCCUGUAUUCGGGAAUUAAUUAUUCAAAUUUCGAAAUAAUAAAUCAAUUAUUUCUUUGCAAAUAAUACGUCAGUCACGCGACUGAUUGGACUUGGAUCCGCACCUGUUCUAUACUUUUGCCUGAAGAAAUUACUACCAACACUAAGCACAUCGUAUUGUGCAAUCGUAAUUGAAUAGUAUCGGAAAGGAAACAAUUUAACUGCAAAGGCCCUGGAAAAUUCCGAGUGAAGCAACAAAUUUAAACAGCAACCAUAAAAGUUGCGCAUUCGCAUUGAAAAAUGCAUAAAAAUAGCAAAGCGCAUCACAAAAUGCCCGUUGUAUACAACAGUUUCGAUAACAUCCAAAUGACCUGAUUGGCAUGCUUCCAAUUCGAAACUCUCUACCAAAAUGUAGUGCUGUAAAAAUUAACAGAACAAAAUGUGCACAUGCAAAGAGCUAACAAAAGGUUUAUAUCGUGUUCUAUCUAGGUGUAUACUCAUUAGCUCUAAUUUAAUAAUUGAAAUCGUAUAAUUUUAUGCUGCUGUGUACUAUAUUUAUGUCAUUUCAGUCGAGAUGUCCGUCAUUUGCUUAGGUAGUUUUUAAUUGUUACAGAAAAAUCGAUAGCCGUCCGUUUGAUAGGACCAUCAAGUUCCAAUGGUACUGGUCGUGUGGAAGUAUUCUACAAUGGAGAAUGGGGAACAAUCUGUGAUGAUUAUAAUUGGAAUAUAAAUGAUGCUAGAGUUGUGUGUCGUCAAGUACUUGGUUUACCAUACGCUGUCAGAGCUCUUCGAAGGCACCAAGUUCCUGAUGGAACUGGGAAAAUAUGGUUAGCCAAUGUAAGAUGUACUGGAAAUGAGCAAAGUCUAAUCAAUUGUUCUCAUAACGGAUGGGGAAAUCAUAAAUAUUGUGGGCAUUAUAACGACGCAGGAGUACAAUGUUCUUCAGGUAAAAUCACUAAAAUGAUAAUAUUAUAUAUCACUAAUAUUGAUUCCACUUAGUAAUGUGGCGCAGAUGAGUUACAUAUCUUACGGUGACAAUGGAUGUAUUUUAUUAAAUUUGAUGGCAUAAUAGAAAGUUAUUAUACUGUAGUGUACAAAUAAUGAAAGUUUAAACACUGAAUUCAGAAAGUUGUAUGUAUAUGCUGAACAUGUAUAGAAUGUAUGUAUAAGCUGAACAUUAUAUAUGUUUGUUUGGGCCCAGCGCUUUUGGGGCCCCGCGCUUUUGGAGGUCUCAUGCUUUUGGGAACCUCGCACUUACUGUAUUCUUUCGAAUUUUUUUUCUUGUUAAAGCGCGGGGCCCGUAGCCUGCGCCGUUUCUGACCGGACGGUUAAUCCAGCACUGCCUGGUACCCAACUACAACAUACACGAAUUCUGCAUUGGAGAAUAAGCUUAUCAAUCUGAUAUUCAUUACCCGUCUUUUUGCCUGUUCUUUGGGUUAAUUGCAUGGCAUUAAAUGUUCACAGGUGUUUCUGUCAGGUUACGAGGACCAUCAAGUUCUAAUGGUACUGGACGUGUGGAAGUGUUAUACAAUGGACGAUGGGGAACAAUUUGUCAUUAUAGUUGGGAUAUAUAUGAUGCUAGGGUUGUGUGUCGUCAACUUGGUUAUCCAUAUGCUGCUAGAGCUCUUAAAGGGUACCAAGUUCCUGAUGGUGCUGGACAGAUAUGGUUAAAUUCUGUCAGAUGUACUGGAAAUGAAGAAAAUUUAAUAAGUUGUUCGCAUAGCGGAUGGGGAAAUGCAUAUUGCCGGCAUUAUCAGGACGCAGGAGUAGAAUGUUCGGCCACAGGUAAAAUUAAUUGUAAACCAUAUAACAACUGACCUCACUAGACAGCUAAAACACAGUUCAAAAAUACAUCUUUUACACUACCAAGGGAGACUGGUAAUGUUAAUAGCGAUUCAGAGGACCAGGAUAACCAAAAAUCUCUCUAAUCUAAACAGUCUCUUGUUAAAAUUUCCGACUGGACCAACGUUUACUAAAGAAUCAUUUGUAUGCAAAGAAAAACGACCAAAAUAAUUUUUUUUCUGUGUUGGUGUAAUGUACUCAGGUGAAUAUGAUGCUUGUGAUGUUACUCUGAGUGUAUAUCCACACCGGGCAAGCUUGAAAAAAUAUGCCUGACCACGGUGUGAAUCGAACCUACGACCUUUGGAAUACUAGCCCAAUGCUCUGUCAACUGAGCUACGUGGUCAAGUUGGUUCGAGUAUGUGAUAUUUCGGAACAGAAUCUAGUUCCUUCGAUAUCAAUGUAAUCGGGCUAGUAUUCCAAUCGAUAUUAAUGUAAUUGGGCUAGUAUUCCAAAGGUCGUAGGUUCGAUUCCCACAGCGCGGUCAGGUAUAUUUUUCAAGCAUCAGAGUAACAUCACAAGCAUCAUAUUCACCUGAGUACAUUACACCAACACAGAAAAAUCAUGAUUAUUAGAUUACAUUGAUAUCGAAGGAACUAUAGAUUCUGUUCCGAAAUAUCACAUACUCGAACCGACCUGACCGCGUAGCUCAGUUGGCAGGGCAUUGGGCUAGUAUUCCAAAGGUCGUAGGUUCGAUUCCUACCGUGGCCAGGCAUAUUUUUCAAGCUUGCCCGGUGUGGAUAUACACUCAGAGUAACUUCGCAAGCAUCAAAAUAAUUUCUGUAAUUUUCAAACACGUUCCAAUAAAAUGUUUACAGACCUUUUUCUGUGUCUGAUUGCUCAAUAUAGAUGUGGAUGAAUGCGCCCGAGGAUUAGACAACUGUGGUAGUAAUUCUCAAUGUAUUAACACUGAUGGGAGUUUUUUGUGCAGAUGUAACCAUGGUUAUACCGGAAAUGGCGUAUAUUGUUAUGGUGAGUAGUUCGUUGGCAUGUUGACAUAUCCUGUGUUCUUAAAUAAGUUCAUUUAUUUUUUAUCAGUGAAAAUGAAGCAAUCUGAUUGGCUGUGGAGCCUUUCAGAGCGGGCCGGUUUUUUGCAUCCGGCCCGCUUUGAAACGCAACUGCCCGCUGUGAAAUGCAACUGCCCGCUCUGGUUUUCGCGCCCAAAACCGAGGAGUGAAACAAUUUUUAAAAGAAAAAAUAUGCCAAAAACGUUUAAAAAACAUAGCCUAACGAUAGUCAGAAUACGAAAAUGAAUUGCAUGAGGCCCUAAAGACCUCAUACUGAGCACGAUGUUCACCAGAAUUCGGACAAUAUUUUGAUAGAAAUGCGACUGAAAGUCGGAAAGUUAUUUGACAUGUAUAAAACUUACGUCGAGAAAACUAUAUAUUUUUUAGAUGCUCAUAUAUUCGGCCUCUUAAAAACGAAAAAAUUACAGCUUAAACAGAUAUUGUAAAAUAAAUGUUUUCCCAUUUAAAAGAAGGUUUAACUGCAGCAGUGAAAACAAGUCACGAAUAUAUUCUCUACCCAUUUGUGUCAUGCAUUAUUCACUGAUAUAAAUAUUGUAAACAAAGUAAAAGUUUGUUUUUAAAAACACUUUUUUCAAGCAUAUUAUCGUGAAACGACAGGAAAAAAUACAAAAAUAUAAAAAUAACAUACCCUUUUCACUGUCCUUUUAGUAGAAAAUCAAAACAGAUUCAUUUUUAUAUGUUUUUGAUCGGAUCUGAACAUGAACCUGUCGAGUGUCGUUGUCAGGAGCAACUGAUUUUGUCAGAGCCAAAGCCAAAACGUCAGGCAUAAAACUUUUUAUUCCAAAGCUUCUCUGCUACCGUAUUCAUGAAAAAAGCAUGUCCAUUUUUACUGAAACUAUACGUCUUUUUGUGUGUUUCUUGCCAGUUUUCUCGAGUUUUCGUAUUAGUGUUUUAUAUCUUUCAACUUUUCAAUUUUUGUCAGCCUCGCUUUGAAAAUACACAACUGCACUGAUCUCAAAUUAGUUCAUUAGUUCGCAAGCAAGACCUCGGGCACAGUUUUUCUCAUCCGGACCUCGCAGCCGGUAAAUAACAUAUAUUUAUAGAUUCGUUAUAGCCGCCCCCUGCAUUCUUAGAAAUGUGGAAAAUACACAGAUUGUCUAACAUUUGGAAGAAAUGUACAUGUAACUUGCUAGAAAUAAAAAAAUUCGCACCACAGGUAGGGCAACAACGAAACAGUUGGAAAUUAGUCACAAAAAUGGCGUGAACACAUAAUAUUGUUAUGGCAAGUAUAGUAAAUGAAGCUGUGGAUAUUUUGGCAAUUUACGCAAUUUACCUGAACAAUGCCUGUUCGAAAUAAAUAUUUUUGCUGUAUACACGACUUUUUUACCCUAAGGAUAGUUAUAAGCGUUUCUAAUUGAAAUAAAAAAGUGAGUUAAACGCUAAACCAUCGCUAAAUCGUCAUUAUUGGCAUAACAAAGGUGAUGACGUCAUUUGAUACUAAUUUUAUAUUCUUAGACUGUUCCUUUAUAGAAGUUGCACAUUUUUUAUUUUCGACAAGUAACGGUUUGAUCUAAAUUAUGAUUUUUCCUAUUUUUAAACUGUUGGGAAAAAUUGUGACAAGACCUGCCAUUCGCUUACUACUAUACUGAAAAAGUCAUUCGUGAAUGUUUUUAUCCUUAGACAUCAAUGAAUGUUCCUUGUCGAUUCACAAUUGUCAUUCCAACACUUCUUGCACCAACAUUGGUGGAUCAUUUUUCUGCACGUGUGAGAGUGGAUAUACUGGAAAUGGAACUUUUUGCCAAGGUAAAUAGUCAAUGGCCAUAUUGAACGUCAAUUCGACCGAAAUCAUUGAUUAGAAAAGAAACGUCGACUGAAUUCUAAAAUAAAGAAGUAAAAAUUGAUGCUGCGAAAGCAAUGAACGUUAACUAUGUUUGUAAAAAUCUAAUGGCAUUUAUCUGUUAUAAAUUUCUAGAACUAGAUGAAUGUUCUCUAUCCCUUGACGACUGCCACCCAAAUUCAAACUGCACCAAUAUUGAUGGAUCUUUUCUGUGUAUUUGUGAUGAAAAAUUUGCAGGAAACGAAACUCUUUGCCAAGGUAAACACAAAAGGUCAUCAUGGCACCUAAGCAAAACAAACUUUUAGUCGCGUUUCUCGAAAAUUGUAAUUUUGCAUGCAUUGCUAUUGAAAUUGUUAAAUGCAUUUUCAUAUUUCGUCAAACAAAUGUCUCAAAAUUCUGUUCUACAAAGACCUGUGAAAAUGUGCAAGAUCUAAAAUUCGGAAGACUUCAAUCCGAAUCCAUCCUGCCUGAUCCGAUCCGAGAAAAUGCUUUACAACUGAUUUGAUAUUUUGUUUUUCAAUUGAUCUUUUUAUUGCGUUUUUUUACGACGCAGCGCAGAAUCUCAUUCUGCAUGGAUAUAACAGCGCAGAAAAUGUCUGCGCAUGCGUCAACCUUACCUUGCCUUGUUAACGUGGUGCCAAAUGUUCUGAAGUUAGUCAAAAACGCAAGAUGGAAGCAAUAAGGAAGGACUUCGAUGUUUUGCCUGUUCUGUGAAAAUGCUUGCGAGCGAAACAAUGAAUACUAGAAAUAAUUACACUAAAUGUAAAUAUAUCGUCUUAUCAUGCAAGAAGAUAAACCAAUGGUAGCUGUGGACAAAUAUAUUGCAUAAUUUCUUAAUCAUUAAUCGGCGUCACUAAUAUUUUAUUAACACUAAUAUUUAAACAUGGACAUGUUUUUGCCGACUGGGAGUCAAUAUUUUUCCCGGGUAAAAGAACCUAGAUUUUUUUAUUUUACUCUAUUAUGGGACGGCCUCAAUAAAAUCGUUGAAAAUAGAAUUAAGUGCUGCAUGCGGUCCACUAUUUUUUUUUUCAUUUUCGUCGUAUGCUCAAAUAUUUAUUCUAAUUGUCAUAGAGAAAUCUAUAGCCGUCCGGUUACGAGGACCAUCAAGUUCCAAUGGUACUGGUCGUGCGGAGGUAUUCUACAAUGGAAGAUGGGGAACAAUCUGUCAUGAUUAUUGGGAUAUAAAUGAUGCCACCGUUGUAUGUCGUCAACUUGGUUAUCCAUAUACCAUUAGAGCUCUUCGAGGGAACCAAGUUCCUGAUGGCGCUGGACAGAUAUGGUUAGAUAACGUCAGAUGUACUGGAAAUGAGGAAAGUCUAAUUAAUUGUUCUCAUAAUGGAUGGGGAUAUCAUAAUUGUCGGCAUUAUCAGGACGCGGGAGUGGAAUGUUCUUCAGGU